AUGGGUAUGGAAUUUAAGACAGAAGAGGAAGCCUAUGAAUUUUAUUUGAAAUAUGCUAAACAAGUUGGAUUUGGCGUAAGAAGGAGCAAAAGCCACAAUGAUAAAUUGGGUAAAUUAGUUGACAGAAUUUUUUGUUGUAGUGCACAAGGAAAAAGGGGAAAAGACAAACGAGAUGUUUAUGUGAAAUCAAGUCGUCCUGAAACAAGAUUUGAUUGUGAGGCUAAAAUGAAGAUUAGUUGUCGAAAUAAAGGCAACUUGACUGUGGAGCAAUUUGUUAAAGAGCAUAAUUAUUAUCUUUCAAGUCCAAACAAAACUCACCUCUACAGAUGUCAUAGGAAUAUAUCUUCUUCUGCGGCGAUACAUAUUGAGAUGGCAAGUGAUGUGGGAAUCCCCCCAAAAGCAUCUCAUGAUCUUAUGGUGAGACAAAUAUGUGGGAGAGAGAAUUUAGGUUUUAUUCCUGAAGAUUACAAAAACUACUUGCGAUCCAAAAGAACAAGAAAUAUGAGAGUUGGUGAUACAGGAGGUGUAUUGGAGGUUUUGCAGAAAAUGCAAUUCGAUGAUCCCAAUUUUUUUUAUGCUAUUCAAGUUGAUGAAGAUGAUUUGAUAACUAAUAUUUUUUGGUGUGAUGCUAAGAUGAGAACUGAUUAUGGAAAUUUUGGAGAUGUUGUUUGCUUUGACACAACCUACAGGAAGAAUAAUGAAGGUCGCCCAAUUGCGUUGUUUGUAGGUGUUAAUCAUCAUAAGCAAUCCAUAAUUUUUGGUGCAGCUUUAUUAUAUGAUGAAACAUCUUUGACGUUUGAAUGGUUGUUUGAUACAUUUAUCAAGGCUAUGUGUGAGAAAAAACCAAUAAUUAUUCUUACAGAUCAAGAUGCAGCAAUGACAAAGGCUUUAGCUUCCAGAUGGCCUAAAAUACAUUAUCGUUUGUGUAUUUGGCACAUUUAUCAAAAUGUCGCAAUACAUUUAAGUAGAGUUUUUUCUCAGUUCAAAGAGUUUACUAAAGAUUUUGCCGCAUGUAGUUUGGAUCCAAAAGUUUGCACCAAUUUGCGAUAUAAAGAAUUAAGUGGGUUGUAUAUUCAAUUGGUUACCAAGGCAGCGGAGAGGGAAGACACUUACAAGGUUGUUAAAGAUGGUUUGUUGAGUAUGUUUAAGAUGGUGGAUGAGAGGUUACAAGUUAAUGAACCAACUGCCCAGCACUCAAUUGAAAGAGAAUUCGAAAUUGGUGAAGGAAAUUCUCUCGGAGUCAAAGGAAUUAAAACAAAGAAGAAAACAAUUUCAGGAUGUAGAAGAGCAUUAUGA